AGUCGCGCGGAGCACACAAAGAGACUGAAGUGGGUCAGAGUGGAGGAACGCGAGCGUCGGCACUGCGGUCGGUGCCGUUUAAUACCGCGCGGUUUGGACCGUUUAUUUCCGCGCUCUCGCUUCGGCCCCGUGUUCUAGUCGCGUUUCCCGCCCCCGCGUCCUGUGGCGAGCUGAUCGGAGCAAAGGUCUAUCCAGCGGUGCUCCGCGCGGAGCGCAGCGGCGUCGAGCGGACAAAAGAGUGUCGGGUCUGAGAAGCUCCUGAGGAGCGAGACUCCUCCGCGCGAGCCCGUGACUCCGAGGACACCAUCUUACAAUGCCUCUGCCCGCACGGGUCUUCCAGCAGCGCGCGGGAGAAGAACAGCACUGUGUGUUGAGAUGGACCCCGACCCCUCAGCACGACUCAUCUGCAUAACCCGCCCGCGCGCGCUCGGCAGGCGACGACGUUGACCGGGGUCGCCCGGACGCUUUCGGUGCACAGACCGUGCUGCCACCUGAGAACCUUCUCGAAAUACCAAGCCCUAAAGCCAUGGCGCUGGCCCAGCAAGACUCCUACAAGGCAGCUUUGCUUCUCCUGAUGGCUCUGCUUCUUCUCAGAGCAAGUGUUUCUGCCUUGGGCUCCAAAGGGAAGCUGUGUUAUUCCAGGCAACACAGAGAUGCCAUUGUAAAUGUACGCGUAGCAGUGGAAAGCAAUGGGGCUGUAACGAGUACCAGGGUAAAGCAAGCAGAGAAAGACUGUAUCCUGGCCUGCUGCUCAGAAGAGGUGGCACCAGGUAUAAAGUGUAACAUGGUUGUUUAUAAGCCGUCAAGCCAACCAGGCAAUGACAACUGCUACCUGUUUCAUUGUGAGACUGAGCAAGACUGCCCUCUAAUGUCUGCCAAGCCUGGGAUCAACACCUAUGAUAUUUCCAAAGACAUGAUCCAUCCCACUGCAAAAGGAAACGGCAGAGCGACUGUCAUGCCCUUCAUUCACGCCACUCCAGGCAAACAACUGAUCUCUACUCACUCCACCUCAACGACCAUGAAACCAACAACCACAGCACCAAGGAUCACACCUCCAACUACGACAACAACCAUACCCCCGUCCACCACCAGCACUACACAACCCACUACAACCACCACCGCAAGUACAACCUUACCUACGAUCACAACCUUACCCACAACCACCACCACUCAGUCUACAACACUCUCAACCACAACCACCACUACCACCACCACCACUACCACCAGCACUCAACCUCCUACUGACCCUUCCAUCAUUCUGGUAACUAUGCCUGUUGUUACCAUGCCUAUCACCAAUGCUACCACAACAGUUGCCACAACAACAGCAACAGCUACAACACAGAUCACCAGUACUACCACCAAAAUCCCAUCCACAACAUCACCAACUACCAGUCCAAUUACUCAGCCACCACAACCACCUCAACCACCCCAGCCACCUGCAAAACCAAACAGGCCUUUCAAGAAGCCAUUCAAACCACCAAAAAAACCCACCACCAAACCUCCCACCACCACAACCACCACGCAAAAGCCAACAAUCACUUCAACAACUCCUCCUCCGCCAACUACUACAACUAUUACAACCACCACCACUACUACAAGUACUACAACAACUACAACUGCUUGCACAGCUACAACUGAAAGGACAACUGUAGUGUUUGUAGAGAUGAAUGACCUAAAGAAUGGGGCUUUAGAGCCUGAUAGCCUGAUGCCUCCGGCAGAGGGCUCUGCCCCAGACAAGGCUAAGGGGCUACAGAUGACCUGGAAAAACGGUCUGGUUGCUGUGGUGGUGGUCAUGCUGGUCUGCUUCACUUUGGUCCUGGCCAUUGUGGGCCGCAAAGCCAUGGAAUCCUUUGACAGGAGACACUACACAAGACUGGAGCUCAACGACCUGCACUACGAAAUCUGACUUCUGACCAAAUUACCCAUAACAGAAAAGACAAUCCUGUUGAAUUUUAAAGUGUAUUUUUCUGUCCUCUAACUGGAACAAGAAAAUACUGUAUUUUGAUAUUUAGGGAAUUUUUGGCUUAGGAAAAUGAAUCUGUUCCCCCACACAAGAUGUAACUGUAAGAUACUGAGGACUAAAUUGGAGACUGAGAAAAGAUGCAGGGAUUAGUGCUGGGGGGUUUGGGGGGUGUUUGAAAAGCAAUACAAUGAACUCAGGAAGGCUCAACAUUUAAAAUAAAGCACUCUCAUGCUGAUGAACAUCCAUUGCUAUGGCAAAGUAGUGUUGAGGCCCCACACAAAGGUUGUUAACAUUUCCAUGGUGCAAAAACAGGCAUUCAACAUUUAAGCUGUGAUAGGAAAGCUGUGCAUAACCACUUCUUUCUGAGGCUUCAGUUCCCAUUUUUGUCUUUAGUUUGAUUAAGAUACACCCACGGCAGGAGCGGUACAUGAAUAAUUUAGGUGAGCAAACCAAACUGCAAAUCAAACAAUUAGUUAAAAGUUUAAUUGGGUAGCCACAGAUAAAAUAUUAUACAACAAAAUAAAGACUAGUUGUUGUUUUUUUUGGAUGUGCUAAAAUCAAAUUGAUAAAAAUAGUUUGCCAUAGUCUUUAGUACCAGGCUGGAAAAGAGUGCUGUUCUAACCAUACUUGGCGUGUCUGGUUUCUUUGCCUUUCUUUUCACUUUGAUAAACAGCUGUAUUUACAUUUAAUCUCACCAAUACACAGGAGAUUCACUGACUGAUGCAAAUAAUUACAUUGUGGCGCACUUCUACUUUGUCCUACACACAUUUUGAAUAAAUACUAAAUCUUAAGGGUACGUUACACUGGAUGUGCACUAUUUUCAUAUAAAGAACUAGAUGAAUAAUUAACUAAAUAUACAGUGUGCGUGUUUAGAGCGGGUGCCGGUUUUAGACACUGAGGUGGUCUGAGGCUGAGCAUUGUAACAAGCUUAAGAUAAGUGAUUGUAUUUUUGUUUUUUUCCUAAUAUUAUUAUUGGAUGUAAUGUGACUGUUGACCACAAGGUGGAAGCAGUCCCUCACCACAGUUCUACACUAUCCUGGCAUGCAGCACAGCCACCUCUUACAACACAGCUUGGUUUAAGUUGCACAAAUGCUUUCUUUUCACAAUUGCUUUUAAAUUUUAUAUCAUUCUACAUUGAUAAUAAUGGUUUGGUCUUGUUUCUGUGACUUGUUGCCUAUUUCAAGGAAAUCAAUUAAUGUACUUUUUUUCUCUUGCAAGAAAUAAAAUGUCUUUGAAUAACACAUA